AUGGCUUUGAGCAUGAGAGCGAUUAAAUCUGUAGCUACUAGGACAAAUGACAGUAAAGUUGUUUUGAAGUUUUUGAAAGAUAUUUUUGCCAGGUUUGGGAUGCCCAGAGCCAUUAUUAGCGAUGAAGAUACCCACUUCUGUAAUAAACUUUUUGCAGGUCUACUGAAAAAAUAUGGCAUUACUCAUAGAGUGGCUAUCCCGUACCAUCCACAAACCUCUGGCCAAGUAGAGGUGAGUAACAGACAAAUUAAAGGAAUCUUGGAAAAGACGGCAAAUUCUUCCCGGAAGGAUUGGGCCGUCAAAUUGAAUGAUGCACUGUGGGCUUACAAGACAGCCUACAAAACCCCGAUUGGUAUGAGCCCGUACAUAAAGCUGAUUGUUUCCAGAAUUGUAGAGAUUGAGGAGAUGAAGAUGAGCCAUCACAGAACCCUCACCUCACUCUUUUAUAAUUACUUCUCAUCAUCUGCUCUCCACCAUCACCUUCUGUUUUGCCUAAUAUGUACUCUUACCCUUUCCACUUACUCCUCCUCCUUUGUAUCAUCAUCAGCUACUCUUUACUCAAAUGAGACUGAUAGAAUUGCUCUUUUAGAGUUUAAACACCGGAUUUCUGAUGAUCCCAAUGGAGUACUUCUUAACUCCUGGAAUGACUCUGUGCACCAUUGUGGUUGGCAAGGAGUGAGGUGUGGUCGUCGACACCCACGAGUUGUGGCAUUGAGGCUUCCUAAGAAGGGGUUGGUGGGAACCAUAUCCCCUCAUAUUGGAAAUCUUACUUUCCUCAGGCUUCUUGAUCUUCAUAGCAAUAUGUUUCAAGGUGAAAUUCCAGGAGAGAUUGGUGGUUUGUUUCGACUAAGAUAUCUCGACCUGGCUACGAAUGCACUGACGGGAGAACUGGCUAAGCUUAAUCUCAGCAGCUGCGUACAACUUAUGGAACUCCAAUUUUCUGAAAAUGGCCUCCAGGGGAAGCUCCCGACAGUCCUAGCUAAUUUGAAGAAGCUACAACAACUAACUCUGGGUAGUAACAGAUUGACAGGUGGAAUUCCUCCCACUUUUGGGAAUUUGUCAUCACUUCAACUGUUGGGCUUGGAGAUGAAUCAUUUGAAGGGACGUAUUCCGCAUGAGAUUACGCGGUGUUUGGGUUUAAAUUUCCUUUCACUUAGUGACAACAAUUUCACUGGUACACUAUCUCCUUCUUUCUUCAAUAUGACUUCUAUACAAGCUUUUUCACUAUCUGAAAACUCACUUGAAGGGACCAUUCCAAGAUACAUAGGAGACACCAUGCCAAACUUGGAAAUAUUUUAUUUUGGUGGCAACAAAUUGCAUGGAACUAUCCCUAUUUCAUUUCCCAACGCCUCUAAGCUUAAAGAAUUUGAGGUAGUAGACAACCAUCUUGUAGGUAAAGUUCCAGAUAAUAUUGGAAGGUUAAAAGAUCUUCUACUUUUGAACCUUGGGUACAAUCUUCUUGGUAGCAAUGAUCCCUUCAAUGACUUGGCUUUUAUAACAUCUCUGUCCAAUUGUAGUAAUUUAAAGGAGUUUUCCAUUUAUGAAAAUAAAUUUGAAGGUAAAUGGCCAAACACCAUAGCUAACCUCUCAUCCAAACUCCAGCUCCUACGUCUAGGAGAUAAUAAGAUAUUUGGUAACAUAUCCGGAGGAAUAAAAAAUCUAGUUAGCUUGAUCUCUUUCGAUAUAGGAGGCAAUCUACUAUCAGGUAUUAUUCCUAGUGAGCUAGGUGAAUUGCAUAACGUACAAGUUUUGAUUCUUGAAGAAAACCAAUUAUCUGGAAAAAUGCCAAUCACUCUUUUUAACCUUACUUAUCUAGCUUCUCUUAUUUUGUAUAACAACAAUUUUGAUGGCAAUAUACCCUCAAAUGUGGAAAAUCUCAAGAAUUUGAAUGAAUUGGACAUGAACAAUAACAAACUAGAUGGCAUCAUUCCUCAACAAGUUUUUAAUGUGCCAUCUUUGUCUAAGUACCUUGACCUUUCCCGUAAUUCAUUCACUGGCCCGUUAUCUCCCGCCGUGGGUAAAUUGAAAACACUAAAUGCCUUUGACGUCUCUGGAAACAAAUUGUCGGGCGAAAUUCCAAAUACAAUUGGAGAGUGUUUGAGCCUUGAGUAUCUUGAUAUGCAUGAUAAUCUCUUUGAAGGUAAAGUCCCACCUUCUUUGAUUUCCUUAAAAAGCAUUACAUAUUUGGAUAUCUCAAAGAACAAGUUGACUGGAGAGAUACCAAGAGACCUCCAAAAGCUCCCACUCUUGCAAUAUUUGAACCUUUCUUUCAAUGAUCUAGAGGGGGAGGUACCAACCAUUGGAGUGUUUGCAGUGGCAACCAAUGUAUCAUUGCUUGGAAACAGAAAGCUAUGCGGUGGUAUACCUGAGCUAAAGCUGCCUCCAUGUCUUGUGAAGAAAACAAAACACGGAAAGCAUUUAAAGCUUAUGAUUGUUAUCUUCACAUGUAUCUGCUCGGCUAUGGUGUUUGCAUCAUUCAUUGCUUUUCUAACAUUGUGUUGGAGGAAACAAAAGAGGGUGGAGUCAGCUAAGCCAUCCAAAGUUGAAAAGCUUUCCAAAAUCUCUUAUAGAGACCUGCAUCAAGCUACUGAUGGUUUCUCUGAGACAAAUUUGAUUGGUUCGGGAAGUUUUGGCUCUGUUUACAAAGGAAUAUUUGAGCAAAGUGGAGGAGAACAUACAAUUGCGGUGAAGGUACUUGACCUUUUAAAAAAUGGAGCUACAAAGAGCUUUCUUGCAGAAUGUAAAGUGUUAAGGAACAUACGCCACCGAAAUCUUGUUCCAAUUUUGACUUGCUGCUCGAGCUGUGAUUUUGCAGGUAAUGAAUUCAAAGCUUUGGUUUAUGAGUUCAUGGAAAAUGGGAAUUUGGAUAUGUGGUUGCAUACACAUUCAUCUAAUGCAAGGACAACCGUUCUAAGUGUUCUUCAAAGGUUAAACAUUGCAAUUGAUGUAGCUUGUGCGUUGCAUUAUCUUCAUGAUGAUUGUGAAUCGGAGGUUAUUCAUUGUGAUCUAAAGCCAAGUAACAUUCUGCUUGACAAUGACUUAACUGCUCAUGUUGGAGACUUUGGUAUAUCAAGACUUUAUUCACGUACAAUUGAAGAUCCAAUUGGUGAACAAACUAGUACCACUGGAUUAAAGGGGUCAAUUGGUUAUGUUCCACCAGAGUACGGAAUAGGAGCAAACGCAUCAACUUUUGGAGAUGUGUAUAGUUUUGGAAUCCUUUUGUUAGAAAUGUUCACAGCUAAGAGACCCACGGAUGACUUAUUCAAUGGUGAGUGUAGCAGUCUUUGUGAGUAUGUGGAGAUGGCGUUGCCAGAUGAAGUGAUAGAGAUUGUAGACCCAUUGCUUUCAGCAUGCCUAGAAAGCAGUCGUGGAAUAACACCGGAGGUAGAGUUGGAGGAUGAUGGCAAUUUGGUGGAAAUUGAAGAGAGCAAGGUGCAAAACUUCUUCCUCUUCAUCUUCAAAAUUGGACUCACUUGUGCUUCAAGAUCACCAAUGGAUCGCAUGCAUAUGAAUGAUGUGAGCAGGGAAUUACACAAGAUUAAGAAGGCUUUCUUUGCAUAAAAUUAAGCAAACAUGUUUUGUGACAUACAAUAUUUCCAUGGGUAGAAAUUAAGAAAAGCUUGCUUUCCAAUUUGCCAAAUACAUGCUGCUCUAAAUUUCCUUAAUUUUGAUUUAAACUUUUCUUGGA